GUACAGAGCUGGCUUGCCAGUUGGUCCAGGGGCUCGUGAGUGUAGCUCUCUCCGCCGUCCUGCAGCAUAUAAAGGCGGUCAACGGUCGGAGACCUCCGCGUUAAGGCAACUCCAACGGAGAACGUCAGACUGGGGAGAAAAGAAGGGGGUCCAUCUCGGAGUGACCAGCAUGGACCCCCAAGCGAAGAGCCGCACUGGUCCGUCGGUGAUGGCGGCGGGAGGGACCUUCGGCGGUCGCCCGGCCUCUCUCGGAGCCGACGGGGGUGACUCAGAGUCCGGAGCGGGCUCCGAGGAGGCUGCCAUAGGCUGCAGCGACACAUUCAGCAGUCUGCCGGACAUGGAGCAGGAGUCUCUGGAGGAGAAAUUACGCGGACUGGCAUUCAGAAAGCAGACCUCGUAUCGGAAAGCCAUCUCCAGAUCAGGCCUCCAUUACCUCGGCCCGCCUCAGCCUUCACUCCCUCCAGCGUCCAACGGGCCAAACAAGGAUCUACGAACCUGCGUGGACUGGACGGAAAACGCAGGGAACGGAGAUCACUUGUGGAUGGAGACGAGUUGUUCAGGAGAGCUGUGCUACCUCGGGGAGGAUGCGUGUCUCCUGAAGACUGCGAAGUCGGCCCCCAGGAGGAAAUGCGCCGCCUGCAAGAUUGUAGUCCACACCAGCUGCGUAGAGCAGCUAGAAAAGAUUAACUUCAGAUGCAAGCCGACCUUCAGGGAGGGGGGGUCCCGAUGCCUCAGAGACAACGUACUGAGACACCACUGGGUCCACAGGCGACGACAGGAGGGGAAAUGUAAACAGUGUGGGAAGAGUUUUCAGCAGAAGUUCUUCCACAGUAAAGAAAUAAUCGCCAUCAGUUGUUCUUGGUGUAAACAGGCGUUCCACAACAAGGUGACGUGCUUCAUGCUGCACCAGAUCGAGGAGCCGUGUUCGCUGGGGGCCCACGCCGGAGUCAUCGUCCCUCCCUCCUGGAUCAUCAAAGUCAGGAAGCCACAGAGCUCGCUGAAGAACUCGGCCAGGAGGAAAAAACGGACGUCUUUCAAACGAAGGGCGAGCAAGAAAGGACUGGAUGACUCUAAAUGGCGUCCGUUCAUAUUGAAACCGCUUCCUUCUCCUCUCAUGAAACCCGUCUUGGUUUUUGUCAAUCCCAAGAGUGGAGGCAACCAGGGUGCCAAGUUGUUGCACAUGUUCAUGUGGAUCUUAAACCCCAGACAAGUGUUUGACUUGUCACAAGGUGGACUAAGAGAAGCGUUGGAAUUGUACCGCAAAGUGCCAAACCUGCGGAUCCUGGCCUGCGGUGGAGACGGCACAGUGGGGUGGAUCCUCUCCGCUCUCGAUGAGCUGCAGAUGAAUCCCCAGCCUCCGGUCGCUGUACUUCCUCUGGGAACAGGAAAUGACCUCGCCAGGACGCUCAACUGGGGCGGGGGUUACACAGACGAGCCGGUGUCAAAGGUUUUGUGUCACGUUGAGGACGGUUCGGUGGUGCAGCUCGACAGGUGGAACCUGCUGGUGGAGAAAACUGCAGUCCAGCCAGAAGAAGGCACUCAGAAGCUUCCUCUGAAUGUUUUCAACAACUACUUCAGCCUCGGCUUUGAUGCUCACGUCACGCUGGAGUUCCACGAGUCCAGAGAGGCCAACCCGGAGAAAUUCAACAGUCGCUUCCGCAACAAGAUGUUCUACGCCGGUGCUGCAUUCUCAGAUUUCCUCCAGAGAAGCUCCAGGGACUUGUCGAAGCACGUCAGAGUGGUGUGCGAUGGAACGGAUCUAACGCCCAAAAUCCAGGAGCUCAAGUUUCAGUGCAUCGUGUUUUUAAACAUUCCCAGGUACUGUGCUGGCACCGUGCCGUGGGGAAACACCGGAGACCACCGAGACUUUGAACCGCAGCGCCACGACGACGGCUGCAUCGAGGUCAUCGGCUUUACCAUGGCCUCUCUGGCGGCGCUACAGGUCGGCGGUCACGGUGAGAGGCUUCACCAGUGCAGAGAAGUCGUUCUCACUACUUACAAGACUGUACCUGUUCAGGUGGACGGCGAGCCGUGCCGACUGGCUCCUUCCACUCUGCGCAUCUCCCUGCGAAAUCAGGCCAACAUGGUCCAGAAGAGCAAGAGACGCACGUCGGUGCCGCUGCUCAACGAUAUUCAGAAGGUGUGUGCAGCUGAUCUGCGCCGCCUCUCUGCUCCCCCCGACUCCUUCUCUGUCCCUCAUGCGGUUCCGGACCGUCUGCGGCUGCGGGUGAACCGGAUCCGCCUGCAGGAGUACGACAGGCUGCAAUACGACAAGGAGCGACUGCGAGACAUCUCAAUCCCAGUCGGCAUUGUGGUUGUGAGAGGCGACUGUGACCUGGAGACCUGCAGACUUUACAUCGACAGAUUACAAGAGGAUUUACACCAGGCGCCAUCUACUGGCCACAGAGUGCACUACCAGGAUGAAAUCAGAGGCGUCCCCAUAACCAGUUCAACCAGUAGACUGUCUCCUAACUGGAGCUUCCUGGACUCGACAUCAGCUGAUCGUUUCUAUCGCAUCGACAAAGCUCAGGAGCAUCUUCACUUCGUGACAGAAAUAUGUCAGGACGAGGUUUUCAUCCUGGACCAUGAGGGACCAGUGGGGAGCCAGGCGUCGUCGGCUGGGAUGCCAGAUCUGGUGGUUGAACCUACUGCAGGGGCUCCUCUGACACCUGAUGAACAAGCUCUUCUAACUGCUGCCAGUACUGGAGAUCUUCUACUGCUGACGGAUAGCGUACGUCGAGGAGUCAGCUUGUUGGUGAGAGACUCCAGCGGUUGUUCUGCUUUACAUCUAGCUGCCCAGAACGGACACACAGAUCUGGUCAACUUCAUCCUGCAGCAAGGUUCAAAAGUUCUCCUGGAUUUAACCGACAGAGACAGGGGGGAGACCGCCUUGCACAAAGCUGCCUCAGAGAAGCAGCAUGCAGUGUGUCGGAUGUUGGUGGAGGCCGGCGCUUCGCUGGGGAAGACAAACUUCCAGGGGAAGACGGCGGCGGACCAAGCAGCAGGAGACUCUGAGCUCGCCGUCUUCCUGAGCUCCCAGCAGCAGACGUCAUCCGGCACCAACGAAGACCUGGAGACGGCCGUCUGAGGCGCUGACGCUCCGUCGCUCUCUCCCGCCGGACUCUGGACUCUGGACUCUGGACUCUGGACCGGCCCGGAGCAGAGAGGAACCGGGAGGGAAGUGUCACACCUGUGUUGGAUUUCACUCCGCAGGCGCAGACGCGAACCAGGAAACAAACUGCCUCCGAACGCGGCAGCAUUGCAGCAGAGAUUUUAACGCUCGACUAUUUAUUUAUAUUUAUUUAUUCUAUUUAUUGGUUGUGCUGGUUGAUUGACUUUUAACAAUUGCAAGUGCAAUUCGUCUUGUAAUGGAGUUGUUUUGGUCAUAUUUUGCAACUAUAUUAAGUCUGGAAAAUGAUCGGGAUUGCGAUCAAAGCAGAAUAUUUAUCCCAUAAACCUGUGUGCCAAAGACAUUACACUGUUGUGGUGUCAUAUCUAAUCCAAAUAACCACCGUUUCAUGAAUCCAGGUUGGAUUUCCAGGGCGUGAACUCAAACCUGUCUGUCACAUGCUGCUGCUGUUUUCACCCGAUGAGUCACAGCUCAUUAUGACUCAAGUACAGAAACCAAACAGCAGCGCUCCAUUUCUCCCAAACAAAGUUCUUCUAGGAAACAACGGACAGUGUUAUCAUUUUUUUUUUAAAUGUUUUAAACAAAGGCGUGCUGUAGGAUUAGUCCUUCUCCUUUAAAUACGAGUCAAAACAGCCAUCUUGGAAACUUCCAGAUGGAACCACAGUUUGUUUUUGAAUGGAAAGUGGAGGUCACAUGUUAGAUGUGAAACAAUUACCACAAAUCUUCUCUGAACCAAAACAACAAACUAAAGAAACUGAAUGUAGCUCAUCCGUUCAUCAGGUUUCAUUUUGUGCUGAUCGUCCUGUUCGUGCCGUCUGUCCGGUCUGGAGUCAAACCAACAUCAUCAACACGACUGAACUUGUCUGUUUUACAAACACACUGACCUUUCACCCAGUUGUGUACAUGGAGGCAUUAAUAAGCUGAGCUCUUCUGUGAUGUUAUAAACAGAAAUCAUCCACAUGUACAGACACUCCUGAGAAAACCUUCAGAAAAAUUGAUCUUUUAUUGCAGCAGCUUCAUUUUGCUCCGGAAAAAAAUCUGAAAUUUACAAAUUUAUUCAUGUUUUAUUAGGUCUGCAGAUAUAUAAAAGCUGAUUUUUAUCCAUUUUAGUGUUUAUUUGGCUAUAAGUUUGGAUCAUUAUGCUAAUAAGACACCCAGAAAUAAACCAUUUUCAGUUUUCCGGCAGACUUUUAUUUAAAAAUGACCUCAUGUUUCAAUAAUUUGUGUUUCUUGGGGCUUUAAGGAGAGAAACAGUCUCUUCUUUUAAUCAACUGUACACAUUAGGUGGUUUUUCCACAUAUUGAAUGUUUAAUUUAUAUUUCAGGUAAAAUCCUGAUAGAGUUUAGUAAACUCUUUAUGUCCCUUUUUGUGAUUAUAAUUUCCAAACCAGUGGAAAUCACUCCUUGAUGGAGUCAAGAUAAGAAAUGUUUUGUUUGUGGAGGUCAGGCUGCUCUGUGCUUCUUACUCAUGACUGACUGUAGAUUUGGACCAAGUUAAAAGCAUAAUUGUGUUUUUAGAACCAUGUCCUGACUUGCAAAGAGCCACAGACGUCUGAAUCACCUGAAUGGCAUGUUCUCCUUUCCUUCUCUGAUUUAUUAAGCCUUAGAGAAACUGCAAGUCAGGGAUUAAUAAAUACAAGCUUUUAUGCAUCCUAAAUGUAUUCUACUACUACUGCAAUAAAAGAUAAACGUUCUUGAAGGUUAUUUUUAAACAUCUGUACCACAGGUGUCUGUAGGUGUUGAUUACAGCUUGAACUUUUGGACCAAUAAUGAAAAAUGAAUCCCUUUUUUGCCUCAAAUGUAAAUAUUCUAAAGUGUUGCUUGUUUUUUAACACCUUUUCUAAACACUGAAAUAUAUUAGCUGUUCUGUUUCAACAAAACACAUUCCUUAGGGUCAAAUUCAGUAUUUUCUUAGCAAAUCGCCUUUGAUUUAUUCACCUGUCAGGGUGGAAAGGUGAGUGUAUGGCAGGCUGUUUUAACAUAAAAUCAUUUUCAACACACUUAUAUUUCAAAUAUCUAAAGUUGGUAUAUGACUAGAUGUAUUAGUAAACAUAUUCUGGGUGGUAUAAAUGAUGUUAUUGAUUUGUAAGGAAGCUUUAAACCAACAUAAAUACAAUUAAUUACAAUAAUUGCAACAUAUAUUUCAGAUAUGAACAUUUAAAUUAUGACUAGUCAUAAAAUAAUUUAAGAUAUCUCACUUUUUAUUCUGACUAGUCAUAAUUCUAAUUUGAUAUCCAAAUAACACAAAUAUUAAAAACAUCAUAAAUGUAUUUUUAGAUAUUUGACUGAUGCAAAUUAAACUGGAAGCAAAUAAUGUGUCUCAAUGUCCCAGAAAAAACAAAGACAUUUAUGAGCUCCAAAAGUCGGAAAAAUAGCUAGAAAAAGAAACUCAAAAUGUUUUGGUCAAUCUCAAAAAGUUUCAAGAAAUUUAAAUAUUUAUGUUCAGACAUUUUAUACUUUUAAAUCUCAGAUGUUUCCAAGAUUUCUACAAAAAAAUCUGAAAUUAAUCUCAAAACUUUUGAGUUUUUUCUGGCAAAUUUUCAACUUUUCAAGCUCAGAAAUUUCCGUAUUUUCCCUAGAAAACUUCUGGAUUAAUCCGGAAAUUUAUUCUUCCGUUUUACAAUGUAGCACAAAGGGGCAAUUCUUAAUUCAGAUAUGUAAAAAGUUUAUUUUUAAUUGUGUUCAAGAUGCAGUAUCUUGAAUUAUAAUUACAAAUAAAUGACAAACCCAAUGAUGCAUCUUGAGGUAUUUUGAAAGGAAUUGAAAAGUUGAAUUGAAUAUAUCUUGAAUUAUUAUCGUCAGAACGUGAAUAAUCUUAAAUUACCAUUCAGUUGAGUCAAAAUGCGUUUUCAUAUACCUGGAUUGUAAUUAUGGAUGGUCAGACGAAACUGAUUUUAUGCUAAAACUGCCUGCCAUACAUUAAGACAUCCGGCUUAAAGGAGGAACUCACCUGAGCUGCGUAUGUUUCUGUUGAAAGGCGAUAGAAUCGAGUAAAUAUGAGUCUGGGAUCUCCCAGCAGCUUUAUGUGCUUUGAAUCAAACCGAUGCCUGUUGUCAUUUUUUAAUGGCUUCUCCUGAAUUAUAAAGCGUUUCCAUAGAAACGUGUAGCGGGAAGAUGUGACUCACAACAUAUCCAACAAAAACAAGCCUGUACAGAUUAAUUUAUCCUUCAACACAAGCAAAGUGUGUUUGCAGUAUUCAUCCAGAAAAACAACAACAACAAAAAAAGAAACCAUCUGAGCCAUUCAGUAGAAUAUAAAGAUGUUUAUUUUUAUUUUUAUUUCAAUUUUUACAUUUCUCUGUUUGUUGUUUACAUUACAUUAAUGUUUAACACAGUCGAGCAUUUAGCACCGAGGAGUAUUGAAUGUGCAAAGUUGAGUUGGAGUUUCGUUUCUUUUGUAUUUUAGAGAAAUUAAACAACUUUACAAGGUUUUCUGUAAGAUGUUCAGGAAGUUUAUGUAUUUUUUAAUUUACUUUAGUUUCCAGAUUCCUGCCUAAAUUAGCUCGAUUUUGACAGAAAUAAUUUAAAGAAUAGAUCUAAUCUGAAAGCCAAGAUGAUUUUAUUUAACUUAAUUAACUGAAAGGUUCAAAUGUUUGUUGUUUUUGUGUGAUUAAAAGUUACAUUUGUUGGCAGCCCUGGUAGAAAGCCUUAAAUAUCUUUCAUUGCAGCAGCAUAAACUGAAAUUUCAUGUUUUGUUCAAUGAUAUUCCAAAAACAUAUAAAUUUUUUUAAACUUUUUAAUACAUUUGUUAUAAAUUGGGUUGAAUAAUUACUUUCUUAAAAAUUCCUUAUUUAUGAAAAUUCAAAUGGCAUGAAUUUGUCAUAUAUUUUUAUCCAAAGCCAACAUUUGCUUCAAACUAAAACAUUUUCUAAUUUGUAAUAUUUGUUUUCCCUACUAAAUAAAUGUACUCAAAUUAAAAGGUGGACUUUUGUGCUGCUGUUUUGAAAUUUUUUUUUUUUUUUUCAAUUUAAAACAUGAUUAAAUGUUUUUUUAUAAUAAAAAAUGGUAAAUGCUGUUUUUUUUAAACUGAGACUCUUUCGAAUUGCUAAUGCUAAUGAUCAGAAUCUGCAACAGCAUUACUUUUGGUGACAUUCCUGAAUCAGACUCUUCUGUCUUCCUCCUAACAUUGUGCAACUUUUACCAGAAACUUUCUGAACUAAAUUCACUUUUUGAUGAUGAAAAACGUUUGUUGCGAAAUGCAGGACUCCUGCGAUGUUUAUGGCUGUCCGAUUUCCAACGCAGAGCGCUUCCUUUCGGGAUUAUAGAAAAAUGGAUUUUCUGUGAAUGACUGUGUGAAAUGUUCCAGCCUGUUCUGAACGACACAAACACAUUUCACUUGUGCAUGACGUUUUCUUACCUCUUUUGGGUCUGUUUUCUGGUUAAUUACAUUAAAAAAUUACAUUAUUGUUGUUUAAAGUAUUACAUUUUUCUAGUUUUGAACAUUAUACCUGAGUCUCAUUCAAGUUUGGGCAUGUUUUGGCAGUAUUUUUGUUCUGCUUUUACAUUUCAUUUUCCUGCUGCUGAGAUUACUUGAGGUUUAUUUAAAGAACUGCUGAUUCUUUUUGUUUCUGACCUCCGUUGCUGUUUGAGUGAAUGUUGGAGGAAAGUUGGUGAUUUCCUCAUUGCAACAAAAGUGCUUGUCAUUGGACAUCUAGAUGUAGAAGGGGCUCCACACUUCUUGAUUUCUGUGUUUGUAAUUCUACAGCAAGGAGCCGACUGAAAACCACCAAUGUAUUGAAGUUAUACGGUUUAGUAUGUGUACAGUAUAUAUGUAAAGAUGGUCAUUACAGUACAAAGUCCAUAUUUUGUCAAAUAAAGUACAUCAAAUUUAUUUCAAGCUCA